GAGGUCUGCACUGGCAGUAAAUAACCAGGACUGUUUCUGGUUCUGGAAAAAGAUGGCAGGGAUCCAGGAGUCUCACCUCUUGACAGUUCAGGAUUAAAAACUUUGUUAUUCCGGCGUUCUCUAAAAUGGCCAGAUCUCAAGAGGCUUCUUGAAGAGAAGUAGGCGGCCUUUCCUGAGUUAUCCUGGCUCCCCAUUUAGCUUGCACAACCUAGCUCCCCCUCCCCUUCCCAUUCUGCUGUUCCCCUUUUCCCUUCCCCAUGUAUCCAACUGAACUGGCCAGAACUCCUCUCCCUCCUUUCCCUUCCUACACACUCACUGGCCAGGUCCUAUUUGCUCCUAUUCUGUGCCCAGAGAUACUUGAAUCCACUUCAUCUGAGUAACUGGGGGAAGGAAUCUUUCUGACUUCACAAGUCCUUGAGCAGGGAGUGGAGGAGUCUAGUGAAGCAUUCCCAAAGACCCAUCAUGGAAGAAGGCUUCAGAGACCGGGCAGCUUUCAUCCGUGGGGCCAAAGACAUUGCCAAGGAAGUCAAGAAGCAUGCGGCCAAGAAGGUGGUAAAGGGCCUGGACAGAGUCCAGGACGAAUAUUCCCGCAGAUCCUACUCCCGCUUUGAGGAGGAGGAGGAUGAUGAUGACUACCCUGCCCCUGCUGAUGGCUAUUACCGUGGGGAAGGGGCCCAGGAUGAGGAAGAAGGUGGUGCAUCUAGUGAUGCUACUGAAGGCCACGACGAGGAUGACGAGAUCUACGAGGGGGAAUAUCAGGGCAUCCCCAGGGCAGAGUCUGGGGGCAAAGGCGAGCGGAUGGCUGAUGGGGCUCCCCUGGCUGGAGUAAGGGGGGGCUUGGGCGAUGGGGAGGGCCCCCCUGGUGGCCGGGGGGAGGCACAGCGGCGGAAAGAACGGGAAGAACUGGCUCAGCAGUAUGAAGCCAUCCUACGGGAGUGUGGCCAUGGCCGCUUCCAGUGGACACUCUAUUUCGUGCUUGGUCUGGCACUGAUGGCUGAUGGUGUCGAGGUCUUUGUGGUGGGCUUUGUGCUGCCUAGCGCCGAGAAAGACAUGUGCCUGUCGGACUCCAACAAAGGCAUGCUAGGCCUUAUAGUCUACCUGGGCAUGAUGGUGGGAGCCUUUCUCUGGGGAGGUCUGGCUGAUCGGCUGGGUCGGAGGCAAUGUCUGCUCAUCUCGCUCUCAGUCAACAGCGUCUUCGCCUUUUUCUCAUCUUUCGUCCAGGGUUAUGGCACUUUCCUCUUCUGCCGCCUCCUUUCUGGGGUUGGGAUUGGAGGGUCCAUCCCCAUUGUCUUCUCUUAUUUCUCGGAGUUUCUGGCCCAGGAGAAACGUGGGGAGCAUUUGAGCUGGCUCUGCAUGUUUUGGAUGAUUGGUGGAGUGUAUGCAGCUGCUAUGGCCUGGGCCAUCAUCCCCCACUACGGGUGGAGCUUUCAGAUGGGGUCCGCUUACCAGUUCCACAGCUGGAGGGUUUUUGUCCUCGUCUGCGCCUUCCCUUCUGUGUUUGCCAUCGGAGCUCUGACCACACAGCCUGAGAGCCCCCGCUUCUUCCUGGAGAAUGGGAAGCAUGAUGAGGCCUGGAUGGUGCUGAAGCAGGUUCAUGACACCAACAUGCGAGCCAAGGGACAUCCUGAGCGAGUCUUCUCAGUAACUCACAUUAAGACAAUUCAUCAGGAGGAUGAGUUGAUUGAAAUCCAGUCAGACACAGGGACCUGGUACCAGCGCUGGGGGGUCCGGGCCCUGAGCCUGGGAGGGCAGGUUUGGGGGAAUUUCCUCUCCUGUUUUGGUCCAGAAUAUCGACGCAUCACUCUGAUGAUGAUGGGUGUGUGGUUCACCAUGUCAUUCAGCUACUAUGGCCUGACUGUCUGGUUUCCUGACAUGAUCCGCCACCUCCAGGCGGUGGACUACGAAGCCCGCACCAAACUGUUCUCUGGGGAGCAUGUAGAGCAUGUGACCUUUAACUUCACUCUGGAGAAUCAGAUCCACAGAGGGGGACAGUACUUCAAUGACAAGUUCAUUGGGCUACGUCUGAAGUCAGUGUCCUUUGAGGAUUCCCUAUUUGAGGAGUGUUAUUUUGAGGAUGUCACUUCGAGCAACACAUUUUUCCGCAACUGCACAUUCAUCAACACUGUGUUCUAUAAUACUGACCUGUUUGAGUACAAGUUCGUGAACAGCCGUCUGGUGAACAGCACGUUCCUGCACAACAAGGAGGGCUGCCCACUAGACGUGACAGGGACUGGUGAAGGCGCCUACAUGGUGUACUUUGUCAGUUUCCUGGGGACGCUGGCUGUACUUCCUGGGAAUAUCGUGUCUGCCCUGCUCAUGGACAAGAUUGGCAGGCUCCGAAUGCUUGCUGGCUCCAGCGUGAUGUCCUGUGUCUCCUGCUUCUUCCUGUCUUUUGGGAACAGCGAGUCAGCCAUGAUCGCUCUGCUCUGCCUUUUUGGGGGGGUCAGCAUUGCAUCCUGGAACGCGCUGGACGUGUUGACUGUUGAACUCUACCCCUCGGACAAGAGGACCACAGCCUUCGGCUUCCUGAAUGCCCUCUGUAAGCUGGCAGCUGUGCUGGGGAUCAGCAUCUUCACAUCCUUUGUGGGAAUCACCAAGGCUGCCCCCAUCCUGUUUGCCUCAGCUGCCCUUGCCCUCGGUAGUUCUCUGGCCCUGAAGCUGCCUGAGACCCGCGGGCAGGUGCUGCAGUGAGAGGGCCUCAGGGCCUUUGAGGGUGGCAGGCACACUGUGAGACCAACAGCUCCUCCUUUUCCCUCCCUGCCCUGCCAUCCUGGCCCCAGAGCCCCCACUCCCCACGCCCCUGUGUUCAGUGUCUUAGCCAUGUGUGUGUGCGUAUGCAUGUGUGUGACCCCGUGGGCAGGGAUACAGGGAAGGCUCCUUCAUCCCAGUUUUGGGAUGCAGCUCUACUCCCCACCCCUUGACGUGCACACCCUUCUCCCCCAGUGUUAGUGAGGGGCCCUAGCUCUUCCUGGCUCCAGGGGCUCCAGCACAGGCUUCCUGCCCUCUCCCUCAUUCCCUCUGCCUAGGCCCUGGUGAAACCAUGGGCAUGUGGUUAUGCUGGGAGCUGGGGCUUGGUGUAGUCCAUGGACCAAAAGAACUUAAGAGUCAGAAAGGCCGCAGGUGCCCUCUCACACCUGUUGGAUGCUGGGGGAGUAGCAAUAAACCUCAGCCCCCUGGCCUCCACUUUCCCCUCAAUUUGGGCUAUAAGUAAGAAGCCUGAAUUUUAUCAAAUUAGCUUUCUGAUUCUUAUUUAUUUAUAUAUUGAGUUCUGAGGCAGCUCAGCAGGACUGUGUGUGUGAAUGCAUGUGUAACACUUAUGUACGUGUGUGUAUGUGCCGUGGGGCGGGGUGUCACCAUACUGUCCUAAGAUACAGCCAAGGAUAAUCUCAGUGGACACACACACUACUCUGCCUCCCACAGUACCUCCCCUAAUCUUAUUUUUGUGCCAGGCCUGGGAGGGAGGUGCCCCAGGCCAGGCUAGGAUAAGAGUCCCACAGUCUAGAGAGACCUGAGGGCACCUGACAAGGUCCAAAUCCUCCCCUCCCUCAAGAAGCACAGGCCUCUGGAGUGAGAGGCUCCACCCACUAUAGCACAGACAGGGACAGCACAGCUGCCCUCCCACCCCCAACCUGUCCCCUCACACGCAGGGUAGCAGGGGAGGGAAAGAAACCAGGCAUAUGGUCAAACCAGCAGAUCAAAAAGCACAAGGAGCUGGGGCAGGGGCAGGAGGCAGGGGCCCUCCCAGGGACUCCUCUGAAGGGGGAAGAAGGUUAGACAAUAAGCCAGGGACCCCUAAUGUGGGACCAGAAGCCUCAGUUUCCCUGUCUCACCCUUUCUACAAGAUACCCCCUGUAGGUUAAGCUGCCCUUGCCCCACCCCACUCUGUGUGGCUGCUUUCUUUGGUGCCCUCCUGCCCUCCACUGUAGCUGUGAUGUGUUGUAGUUUUUAGCUGUUUGUAAAACGUUAAAAAAAAAAAAAAAAAAAAAGUGAAAAGGAAAAAAAGUGAAAACAACAACGAAAAAUCCAAAUUCAUCUUCCUCAUUCUGCGUCUGGUGCCCCCACCCUAUAGUCACUCCCCCACAUUUUGUAACACUGACCCAGGUGGGGACUGUUUAACUCUUUGGUGUCUGUGCUCAAAGGACUGCCUUCUCCAGUGCCCAGUGUAUGAGUGUGUACCCCCUUUCCUCACCCUUCAUUUGCUGGACGCAGCCUUGUCCCUUCUACCCCCUGGAGGGACCCAUCCAUCUCUCCUGCUCUCCUGGGACACCCUAAACCCAACUCUGUUGAUGUGAAAAAUGAAAUGAAAAAUCUUGAUGAAAAAUAAAAAGGAAAUAAAUCCUUAAGAUCCAAAA